AUGGAUGCAGCAGCACAAGCACGAUUUGAUCUCAUUAGCGACAAUCUCGCAGAGUUUCUGAACCCGGAGAUCAUUGAAAAUAUCCUCAUUCGAGGAGAUAACCCGAAAAUUUACUGGGGAACCGCAACCACCGGCCGACCGCAUACUGGCUACUUUGUUCCCGCGCUGAAAAUCGCUCAGUUGCUCGCCGCUGGAUGCGAUGUCACCGUCCUGCUAGCUGAUAUCCACGGAUUCCUCGACAACCUCAAGGCCCCUAUCGAGCUUGUUGAAAACCGCGCCAAAUACUAUGACAAAACCAUCACAGCGAUCCUAAAAUCCGUCGGCGUGUCCACGGAGAAGCUGCGCUUCGUGCUCGGCAGCUCUUACCAAAAAAGCCCCGAAUAUGUCAUGGACGUCUACCGAUUAGCAAGUGUGAUUUCUGAACAUGAUGCCAAAAAGGCCGGUGCCGAGAUUGUCAAGCAGUCUGACAAUGCGCCGUUGAGUGGACUACUAUACCCGGUGCUGCAGGUUCUCGAUGAAGAACACCUCAAGGUUGAUUGUCAGCUUGGAGGUGUUGACCAGAGGAAACUCUUUGUCGCCGCUACUGAGUGGCUACCUAAGCUUGGAUACCAAAAGCGCGCACAUAUUGUCAACCCCAUGAUUGCUGGUCUGUCUGGAGGCAAGAUGAGCUCUAGUGUUCAAGACAGCAAAAUCGACCUCUUGGACACGCCUGAGGCUAUCACGAAAAAGAUCAAGAAAGCUGAAGCUGCUCCUCGCGUCGUCGAAGAAAACGGUGUCGUCGCGUUGGUAGAGUACGUUCUGCUGCCCGCAGCUACGCUCAAGGGCAAGAAAGAAUUCAUUGUCGAGCGGAGAGAGGGCGAGCCUUUGGUCUACACCGACAUUAAGAAGCUAAAGGAAGACUACGUGAACGACAUUUUAACCCCGCAAAUGCUCAAGCCGGCUGUCUCAGCUGGCCUUGUCAGUCUCAUGGCCCCUAUCCAGGAGGCCUUCCAAGCCUCUACCGAGUGGCAAGAAAUCACCGAAAAGGCCUACCCGCCGCCUGUUGUGCAAAAGAAGCCCAAGAAGGUCAAGGACAAGGGCUCUCGCUUCCCCGGUGCGCUCCCGGUUCGAGACCAAGCAGCCAAGGAUGUUGAGCCAACGGAUAAGUGA